AGUGGUAGUAAAUACACGGAGUAAGUUGAUGAGCCAUACAAUGAAAACUUCGGAAAAGCGUAGUGGAGGCCAGAGACGCAGAGCCUUGGCCGUAACAAAACAAACUUUUUUGGGAAAAAAAAAAAAAAAACAAGUCGCAUGUCAUGAUUUACAUUGCUGAGAACUUUGGACCCGACAGUUAUUAUUUUACUUUUGUUCAUCCUACUGAGAAUGAUCUAAUAGGCUGUGUUUGUUUCUUUCAGGUCAAAGUUUAGCUUGCAGUAUUUUUCAGAGAGUAAUACAUGCUGUACAUGUGAUGUUUUUUUUUUUUUUUUGUAUGUUUUGGCAACACUUGGUUGGCAGUAUUCGCUCCUUCAAGCACACAGAUUUAUGUGUUUCACCACUGGAUCGUCUUCCAAAUUCCCUUCAUUCAAAUGUGAUGCUAUCUAUAAAUGUAUGCACUUUUUUUUUAGGUCCAAAACAACCUGCCAGAGUAUCCGAUCCAUCUGAAAAGUAUCAACGGGUCCAUAGAUGCUGUAUUCCUCUUAACAAAAACCUCAAAUCUGCUCAAGUCCCUGUCAUGCUGCCUUUCCCACCGCAUGAUGACAUUUUACACAUAUCCACGGUGUGCACUUCAGGUGGGAUAAACAAAAUGUACGCAUGCUCUUCGACCACAUAAUAUCGUCCCUCAUAUUUUCAGUGCAAGGAGCAUCAAAAGCAGGUUAAGGUUAAUACUUUUUAUUAAUGCUCUCCAUAUAUAUUGACUUAAUUUCCCUCAAAUCCAAGCGACUCUUAUAAUGCAAGCAAACAACCAUUCACACUCAAAUUCACACCUAUGGGCAAUUUAGAGUCUUCAAUUAACCUAGCAUGGAUGUUUUUGAGAUGUGGGAGGAAACAGAAAUACCCCGAGAAAACCCACACAGGCACACGGAGAACAUGCAAAAUCCUCAUAGGCGAGGCCAGAUUCGAACGCUCGAACCUUAGAACUGAUGAUGACAUGUGCUAACCUGUCUUCCACUGUGCUGCUGCUCUUUCUUGGAUGGAUUCUAACUGAGUGUAUUUGUUGAAUGUUUAUCGCGUCUUUAUCCCAAAGAUUGAACUGCUUUCUCAUCUGGAUGGGAGGCUCGUCUGACAUCUUUGUCUGUACACCUUUGAAAAAUUGGGUCAAGUCUCUGACCACUUUUCACAUGAGAUUUGAAGUGUUUAUUUAUUUGACAGAACAAAUAAAUUGGUUUCUAUUGGUUCAGCAUAUCAAAAUUCUUGUUUGAACAGUCUGACAGGUGGGAUGACUCUCUCUCUCUCUCUCUCUCUCUCUCUCUCUCUCUCUCUCUCCCCCUUUUUCUUUAGCUCUCACUCACACACUCAACCUGUUAAUGCCACAUUUUAUACAAUCAUUUAUUGCUUAACUUGUAAUUUUUAAAAUGAGAAAUUUCAGACUGAAUUGAUCUUUUUAUAUGCAAAUUUGUACUUUCUCAUUAAUAUUCUCUGAGAAUCAGAAAUUAAUCAAGCACAAUAUUUAAUGACUAAAACAUUUUUGGUUUGCUUUGGAAUCCUAGUAAAUUAAUUUUAAAACUUGAGAAAUUCACGUUUUUCUAUAUCUCUAUAUUAAAAAAAAAGUAAAUUAUGCAUCAAUUAUAACUUUUUGCAUUGGAAAUUUAAUUUGGUAAGAGAACGUCUAGUAUAGAAAAAAUAUUUGGGAAUGACCAAUUAUGUUAAUUUUGGGCGGAUGAAUAAUAUGUACAAUAUACUUAAUAAGAGAUAGCCACGGUUAGCUAUCACGCUACUAAUUUGAUCAUAUUCCCCACCCCCAAAAAAGGUGAAUCAUUAUAUAAUGUUGCAGAGGGCAGUCAAGUGUUUUAAUAUUAUUAUAGAAAUACUUUUGGCCAUUCUGGAUAGUAUAACAACUCUCCAGGACCUUGUUCACCUACAGGCCAAAUAAUUAUUUGCACUCGAUGUCGUUCAACUUUUUCCCAGUUGAGCAUCUACUGCCCUCUAUUGGCCAGUUUUCCAACCAGUGAAACCCGUAUGUUGCCAUAGCAACACCUGUUUGGACCACCACCGCUCCGUUUCCGAAUAUCCGCAAACGACAUUCAGUACUGUUUAUAAAAAUCAUGCCCCUGAAAAAGAAGGGCACGGGUAAAAAGUCAGCCAAGGUGAAGAAGUCUGCAGCACUUCUAGAUGGACUCACCAAGGACGAGCUGUCCAAGGAGCAGAUGAUUGAUCACAUUGUGAUGCUGCGAGAGGAGCUGGACAGAGAGCGGGAAGAGAGGAACUACUUCCAGCUGGAGAGGGAUCAGGUCCGCACCUUUUGGGACGUGACCAAGGAGCACCUGGAGGAGGCCGUGGCCCAACUCAGAAACGAAGAGAAGAAGAUUGAGGAAGACGAGGGGCGCCACCUUCUUGAGAUUAAAGUGUAUAAGCAGAAAAUGAAGCACCUGCUGUGUGAGCACCAAAACACUAUCGCCGAGCUGCAAGCAGAUCGUGUAGCGACCGCUGAGGCCAUGCGUAAAGAGCAAGCCCAGCUGGAGAGGGAGCUUCUAGACAAGAUGGCGGCCAUCAGGACCGCCGCGCAACAGUUUGACAUUGAAAACCUCGUCAGUGAGCUGGAGCAGAGACACAACGAAGAAAUGGCCAAAACAAAGAAAAGCUGUGAGGAUCAACUAGCAGAAACGGAGGCCCGGUACAAGGAAAAGCUGGAGGUGUCCCAACGGGAGCUGGACAACCUGAGAAAAACGGAAAUCAUCGAAUGGGAGGAUCAAUGGAACAGUCACAUCAGCGCUCUGACCAAAGACCACCACGAAAUUUAUGACGCCGCACUUGCGCUCCUCAAUCAAACCAUGGAACGAGAUUUGCAUCGCAAUGAUUCAUUGAAGAAACAAAUAGAAGAAUCAAAGAUGAAACAAAUCGAGAAGAAAAAGAGUCUGGCUCGUAUUCUACCGGAAAACGAGCGGCUCAGCAAGCUUCUCCUCGACGUCCAGGAGAAAACUGCUGAACUUCAGAGAAAGAUGAAGCAUCCCAUACGAAAAGAGGAUGCUAUUGAAAGGAUGAAAGAGAAGAAGCUCAGCGACGAGAAACGGAAACUAGAGAAACUGAAGCAGAAAUUCAGCGAGCUUCAGCGGGAACGCGACGAGCUACGUGCGACCUUCAGUCGGGACGUUGAGAAUGCUCAGCGAGAAGAGGAUGAAAAGAACGCCAAGCUUGAAGAGAAAGUGAAGGACAUGACGGACAGCUUGGAGGCGACGGAGGCCAAGAUCUCUGAUGCGCUUUCGGCGUCCGACGUGGACCAAACUGCACUGAAAAGUGUCGAGGAAAUGAUCGACUCCAGCAAUAAAUCUAUUAGAGAUCUACAACACAAAAUAGCACAGAUUUCCAAGGCCCGUCAGGAUUUACUGUUCAGAUUUGAGGAAAAGCAAAGAGCACUCUGUGUCCCUGUGGAGCAACUUUGUGUGACAUAUUCCACAUUUGGGAAUAAAUAUUGGGUAUAUAAUGAGUUUUAAAUCAAACGAUCCCACCAGUAAGUCUGCUUUUGGUCGACUCGGUGAAUUGAACUGCAUUCAAUACGAUUGAAUAUUCAAAAUAUUAUUAUUCAUAUUCUAAAUAUUUACCGUCAUUACCGGCCUAUAAGCCGUGAAUUUUUCACACACUUUCAACCCUGCGGUUUAUGCAGUGAUGCGGCUAAUUUGUGUAUUUUUUCCUAAUGGCCGCAAGGGGGCAUUCGAGCAGAAAAGGUAACAGUGAGACCGGUGAACUAUAUGUGCCGAGGAAGUGACUUUUGCCGGUACGGCCCUGUUAGCGCUAUCCUAGCGUGUUGCUGCCGUGUCUCAGUGAUUUUUACCAGAAUGGUUUUUUUUUAACCGGCCCUGUUAGCAUGGCGGCGUUAGCAUUAGCACAUCGGCAUUAUAGCGUUAGUGUUACCGCUGCGGCGCUUGCGUUAAACUCUCUGUACCGUCUCUCUUUGUAAAUAUCUCGUGUUUCAACGUGAGUUUCAAUAUGGGCACUUGCGGCUUUUACACGGGUGCAGUCUAUGAAUGUACCAAAUGGUAUUUCCUUUACAAAUAUACUGGGUGAGGCUUAUAACCAGGUGCGAUCUGUAGGCCGGGAAUUACGGUAUAUAUUUUGUCAGCCCAAUUUUUAUGAAUAGGGAAAAUAUUUUCACUCACCAGAUGGUUUAUCACCACAGGCAUCGAUGGAUGGAUGUUGUAAAGGAAUAAAUAU